UUGGCCGCGCCGAGAACCGGCGGGCAGGCAACUGCGCCAAGCGACGGGGCACCAGCCGCGCCACCACCUUCGCCUCCACGUCUUGCGACUGCACCGUCGGGCACUGGAUUGGGCAGUGCCGUCUCAACCUGACCGUCGCAGACAUGACGUGGACGAAGGGCCACCACUACCUCCACCGUGCAGGAGGGCUGGGGUGGGUCGCUCCAAGCGCCGCGUCGAUCGCAGUGCACUACCUGAAGCAGCACGACGGGCCGUCGGGGCCCAAUGGGUCGCGGUACGGAGAGUGGCUGCACACGCACGCCGCGUCGUCCGCUUCGGCCCGCCCCGCCUUCCCGCCGCUCCUGUGGAGGUUCGAGCAGCCGCCGCUCGCGGCGCAGCAGGACCGUGGCGACGACCUCGACCUGUCAGCCGCAGACGCGGGGGAGCUCCGCGUCCCUCCUCCCCGCCUGACGGCGAUGCAGCCCGAGGUGCAUGCUUGGUACAUAAGGACGUGCGGAGAGAGGAGCUCCGUGGCUCUGAUGCGCGCCGCCGACCGAGCGCUGCAGCCCAGUGCCGGCCCGCGGGGCUCGCGCGGCGCCGUUGACUAUUACGGCGGCAACCCGGUCGCGUGGCCGGGCUACGGAUGCCACCCGAGCCGCUUCUCCGCAGACCCAGCGGCCGCCUGGCAGGCUGUCGGCCGCGCAGCCGGCGCAAACGGCUCGUCGGCGGCGGUGCUGGGAGAGCGCUGGGGGCAGCGGCGCGCGGAGCCGAGCGCGCCAUCGGCCGCGCGCAAGCAGGCGCCGCCGGCUCGAGCGCGGACGGCGGCGUUGCUCGCAAUGCGCGCGCCGAGAGGAGGCGCGCGGCGGCUGCAGGGCACGCAGCUGCCAGGGGGUGCCAUCGCAGCAGCACGUACGGCGGCGGCGGCGGUGGCUGUACAGAGCUCUGCCACCCAGAGGGCGGAUUCCGUGGCGGCGAGGGAGGAGCGGGCGCUGCGCGCGCUGAGGCGGCUGCGGGAGGAGGGGCCUCGCGUCGUCGGCUGGGAGGAGGUGGCGGCGUGGGAGAGGGCGUUUGGCUGACCGGCGUCGGUGCUCAGCCCCGGCUCCCCGGCAUGGAGCGGCGAGGAGCGCUGCCAUUUUUGCAAGAAGGCUGUGCCCUUCCGUCGCGCGCCGCGAUGUUAUCCUUGGUGUGGACGGUUUUUUUCGCGGUAUCCGCGCCGGGAUACGGCGGGAUAUGGCGGGAUACCGGGAGAUACCGGGAGAUACCAGGAGAUACGAGAUACGGGCAGACGGGCAUAUACGGGCAUAUACGGGCAUGUACGGGGAGAUACGGGGAGAUGCGAGGAGAUGCAAGGAGAUACGGGGAGAUACAGUCAGAUAUUGGAGAGAUACAUAUCAAGAU